AUGUCACUUUUAAUUCCCACUGAGGUAGAUUGGAUUGACGCCCACAAAGAUAAUGGUGGACAAGAACCUAUUUAUAGAACUAAAUUACAAGAAUUAAAAGCCCAAGGUAAAUAUAAGUGGGAUUUUGAGGUUGUUCCAGGAUUCUUCAAACAAUGUGAUGAUUCAACUGAUGAUUUGAAAUUCAACUAUGCAUUAGAGGAUUUAGGUAGACUUAAAUCAUGGGAAGAUAUUCAAAAAGAUUUGAAAAGCUUGAAUGAAAAUGCCGAUGAUAAUGUUUGUUAUAAAUUGAUCUUUUGUUCCAGACACGGUCAAGGUUAUCAUAAUACAAUUGUGGAUAAAUAUGGAUUUGAUGAAUGGAAUAGAUAUUGGCAUAAACAAACACAUGAUGGGGAUAUAGAGUUUGGUCCAGAUGCAAUGUUAACCGAAAGAGGUAUCAAACAAGCUGAAGAAAACCAUCAAGUUUGGAAAGAUCAAGUAGCCAAAGGAGCUCCUAUUCCAAGCAAAUUCUUUGUAUCACCAUUACAAAGAUCUUCUUGGACUUUAGUUAAAACCUGGACUGGUAUUAAACCCGAUUCUAUCCACCCAGUAGUUACUCAAAACAUUCGUGAAACUUGUGGGGUUAAUCUUUGUGAUAAAAGAUCAUCCAAGACUAUUAUCACCGAAAGAUUUGGAAAGUAUGGAUUCGAAUUUGAACCUGGAUUCACUGAAGAAGAUGAAUUCUUUGACCCUAACGAAAGAGAAUCAUUACAUCACCAUGCGUUAAGAACCAAUGAUUUCUUACAAUCCUUAUUCGAUGCUGAUUUGAAUGGCGAAAAAGUUGAUAAACUGCAAGCUAUUGAAAACACCUUUAUCUCAACCACUAGUCAUGCUGGUACUAUCAGAACUUUCAUCAUUGUCACAGGACAUAGACAUUUCACUAUCUCAACUGGAGGUAUGAUCCCAAUUGUUGUUAAAGGUACUAGAAAUUAG